AUGGUGAUGAAUCCAAAUAUAGAGAACACAUCAAGUGCUAAAAGAAGAAAGUUGAAAUCAAAGGUUUGGGAGGAUUUCACAAAGUAUGAAGAUAAAAAUGGGAAGGAAUUGGCUAAAUGUAAACACUGUAAGAAAGACUUUGUAGGUUCAAGUAAGAGUGGAACCACACAUCUAAAAAAUCAUUUAAAAAGUUGCCAAGGUUCGAGAAAUCCAGGUGGAGUUGUAGAUAAAGAAAAAGAGAAAAGUUUGAUUGAUCCAGCAUUGAAUGGCUCUGAACUGGUGCAAAAGAUUAUUAAGUGCGGAUUAAAUGCCAUAAAGGAUGAUAUACUUGAUGUUUACAAACAAGAGAAGGAUAAGCUUCAUAGAUAUUUACAUAAACUCCCAUCUCGUUUUAAUGUAACAAUUGAGAGGCAGUUUGGCUUAUGGUUCCUGACAAGCUGGUUUAUCGAUGAUAAUUGGGAAUUGAAAAGGAUAAUUAGUUUACUGGGAAGAUACGAAGAUGAAGUUGUCUAUGAAAUUGUGAGGUCUUGGCUUGUGGAUUGGAACAUGGACAAAAAGUUAUGCUCUAUGGCAAGAGGUGAACUUUUUAAUGUAUUUGAAAAUGAGGAAGUUAUUAAGAAUAUUAACAAUUGGUUCAAUGAACGAGGAUCACUUCCUUUCAUUGGGAAUUUUCGGUCGUUUUCUCUUUUAUUGGAUAAAUUUGGUCAUAUUAUCAGUCUAGGUGCGUUGGAUAGAAUUUCGGGAAAUUAUAUUUUAUGUAAACAGUCGGAGCUUCUUAGAUACGUCAGGAUCUCAUCAAAUGUAAAUAAGUUUCAAUCUGCAAUAAGCAAUGCUCAGUCCAUGGGCAAAACAGUAAUUUCCGAAAGUGUUCCUCCAUUUGGGUGCUUGAUUGACGAUGCGUUUGAGUGGGUAAUGAAUUCUAAAGAAGCAUUUUGUGAAUUGGAGCAUAUAGAUCCUGAUUUCAAGUCCAUAAAUUUUACAAAAGAAGAAUGGGAUGAUGCAACUUUACUGUACAACAGUUGGAAAGUGUUAAAAGAUUUGAGAGAUGAUCUUUGGAACUCCUUAGAACCUAAACAAACUGCAAAUGUGUAUUUCCCAAUGGUUUAUCACAUAUUUUUCAAAUUGCUUCAGUUGGGAAAAAGUGAAAAUCUUUACUAUUGCCAGGUCGCAUCACAAUUUUUGAGUUAUUUUGAUCAAUGUUGGGGCAAUUCUAACUUGAUUUUAGUAAUUGUAGUAAUUUUGGAUCCACGAUUCAAAAUGAAUAUUGUAGAACAUUUUUACGAAGAGAUUUAUGGUAAUCAAGUAGACACACCCUUUAAGAAAAUCAUUGAUGGUGUUAGAAAUAUUUACAAUAAAUAUGCAGAGGGCACAAACAAUUCUAAAUCAUCAUCCUCUUCGUACCAUGUUGAUAGUAAUUCUUUAGGUACUCCAUCGAAAAGGGUAGACAUCAUGGGGAGAUCAUUUGCAUUUUCUCAUCAUGUUAAUGAUAUUGCUACACCAAAAUCAGAACUUGACCGCUAUUUGAGAGAUUCUAAUUGUCCAUCAAGUGAAGGGUUUAAUUUACUAGAAUGGUGGCGUGUCAAUUCUACAACUUAUCCAACACUAGCUAAGAUUACACGUGAUUUCUUAUCAAUACCUUUCUAUCCUAUGUUUGAUUUAGAUUAUUCAUUGUCACAUGAAAUUGAUGAUAUUUAUGAUUGUUGUUAUCUUGAUGAUGACCUCAAACAGAUAAGAGAUGGAGCCAUUGCCAGAGAAAGUGGUAGAGUCAGGAAUUCAAUUGAGAUAAGCUAUGUUCAAGAACAACAUUCGUGUUGCUCUGCAAGUAGAAUCAGAAACAAAGCAAAACUUGUGUUGUCUCUGAAGCUUCAGAUUGGAAUGUUUACUGCUAUUGGAACAGUUAGAGAUAAACAAUCAGAAUCAGAACAACAAGUUGUUCACUACAAGCUACCUAGCUGCAGCCUUCACCAAGUGUAG